AUGGAAUCCUUGGAGGAGUUUGACCUGGCGCGGGAGCUGAACUUCAGGUCCUCCCGGCGCUUCCUCGCCCUGGCCGAGGAGGAGCUAGCUGCGCUGGUGCUGAGGGCGCGCCAAGGCACCGAUGGGAGCUCCGAGAGUAGCCGCUUUUUGCUCACUUUUCCGCCGCUGCAGCCAAAGUUUGCUCAGCUGCUUCAUGCCUUGCUCGUGCGCUUUGACGUCACCUUUGCCGUGCAGGGGUGGGGCGAUGAGAGGCGGCUGACGGCAGAGGCUACGCGAUCCAAAGGGCUGCUGCCGGCACUUCGCUGUGAGCACUUCUUGGUGGCGGCAGGCCUUCCCGAAUUCCCCGGAAGCUUGGCCGCUGUGGCCGCGUCUGAAGUGGAGGCUAUCGACGCCGCCGGGGUGCCGGAAGAGGCCAAAAGGGCGGAAGACGAGGAGGAUGCUUUCGUCCCCGAGCACGACGAUCGCGAGAAGGCUGCUCCCGCCACACCAGUGAAACGGAAACGUGGUCGGCAAGGCUACAGUGGUGGUGGCGGCGGAAUGCGCGGGUGGAGCAGCGAGGAGGAGAGCGACCCGGAGCCUGCUCGAGCUUCCAAAGCAGAUGCGCGAAGGGCUCCGAAGGGGAAGCAGGCGACGCAGCGCGUCACUCGAGGCCGCGGCUUCUUGUCGGAGGCCGAGCAGGCGGCCUCCGCAGCGAAGAAUGAGGCGGAUGAGGACCUUCCAGUCCGAUGCAGGCUGCGGGGCGACUACGAGCAUUACGCGAUCGAUCCCGAGGACACCUGGCGACCACACAGGAAGCCCUACGUUGAGCUGCUGUCAGAAGGGUGGGAAUUCUCUCACGCUUGGAGCUUCGAGCCGGAGCACAAUCCGAACCGGCCUCCGCCUCCCCGGGGCGAUCCGGGAGGUGUCGGCACCUGGCGCGUUGAACACGCAGCAGAGCGAUACUUUUCCGUGGCAUUGGGAGGCCAAUCGCAGGACAUGCGGCGCUGGCUUUCGGGCCGCAGCGGCGCUGGCGAGGAGCCAUACGUGCUCGAGUUCCGCCUUGCCGAGGAAGAGAGGAGAUGGGACUAUCGCUUCGCCCGGGUAGCCAAGCUGAGCUCCGCGACUUGGAGGCCAUUGGCUUGGUCCUGCGACCGUCACACUGUUUUCUGGCUGGCCUGUUUCGUCGGCCGCGAGGACGGUAAGAACUACCUACAAGCAGGUCUGGACAUUUUUCCAGAGAAGCGGUUCUUCUCUGCACGGCUCGCGAGCUUUCCAAAGAUGAUGGGAUUUGGUAUGCCAGCGGGAGCUCCAGGGCCUUUCUUUGUGCGAGACGUGGUGCUCUUCGGGCGAGGGGCGCUCCGUCCGGCACCUUUCGCCGGCCGGGAUCACCUCGUGGAGGUUCCGCUGACGCGCCGAGAGGCCGAGAAAGCCCUGCGAAGGGAGCGGCUCCCGGGCGAGGUGCUCGCCCUUACGGCUGAGACUGACGACAAGGAGAAGGAGAACAAAGAGAAUCCGCCUGGAAAGACUCCUUGGCGGAAGAUGUUCUCAGAUGGAAUCCUGGAACCUCCGGCCGAGAAGCCGGCCAAGACUGAGGACUCUGAAGCUCCCACGCCUUGCUGCCUCGUGGUCUGCGAGUCCGGCGAUCGCGCGACGGCCGUGGCCGAGAAGCUGAAAGGGCAGGUCGUACCGGGCCUUCCGAAGACAUGGCCGCCGCAGGACGCAGGCACCAAUGGUGUUGAGGCUGCCAAACAGAUCCUGGAGUCGCAGGAGAAGGUUUGGCAGAGCCUCCGCUCCGAAACCGUGCGGGAAGUCGGCCUCUUCAAGGAGCACCUGGCGCGCGGCACCCGCCACCUCGAGGGCACGCGCAUCGCACGGAGCGCUGCGAUGCGGAUGAUCAUUUCGGGUCUCAGUGGUGCCGCGCCUUUGCCAAACCCGCCACGAGCCGGUGUUUGA